CGUCGCAUGACGUCACGCGAGAGGCACGACAAUGGCGGAUCGAGCAUACGGGAUGGAGUCCGCUGUGCCUGCUAAACGACCUAGACUGGACUUCCCAGACGAUACUUCGUCCCAACAAUAUGAUAGCGACUUCCAUUGUUUUGCCGGAACCUCGGAGCUACUUACAGGGAGCUACAGUAAUGGUACAGAGUUCACCAUCACUUCAGAUUCUGGAUUCAAUGAGCUGACACCACCUCAGAGCUUGGAAGACGACAUAACAACUCCCAGAACAAGUUCCAGUCAAGGUGAAAAUAUUGGUAGAAUUGAAAAUCAUUUAAGCAAUGAUAAUACCAACGACAGUUCUAUCAAUGACUGUUCCGAAAAUUGGCCCAGUGGAACGGCUGCAGGUCAGGAGGAUGAUGACGACGACGAUGAUGAUGAUGAUGACGAUGAUGAUGAUGAUGACAGACAGUCUGUUGCAUCAACCACGUCUAAUCUCAGUGGAUUGUCUGACUUUUCAAAUUUUUCUGGAAAGGACUGGAAACCUUGUGCUGGUCCUAUGUCUUGGGUACAACAGCAGAUGAUGCGUGGCGUUAACCCACGCACCAUCUUAACUCACGUCCUUGGAACUACGGCUGAAAUUCCUGAGGGAGUUGCUGAUGUAACACUAUGGCGCCUUAUUGUCAGCAUGCUGUCGGAACCCCCACGAAGAGAAAAAUUACGUCAUAUCAAUACUAUUGAAGAUGUUGUGCGAUUAAUGAAGUCUUGUCGGAAGAUUAUUGUCUUGACUGGUGCAGGGGUUUCAGUCUCGUGUGGUAUUCCAGAUUUCAGGAGUAGAGAUGGAAUUUAUGCCCGCCUUGCUGUCGACUUUCCUGAUUUACCGGAUCCACAGGCAAUGUUUGAUAUUCACUACUUCCAGAGAGACCCUCGCCCUUUCUUCAAAUUUGCUCGGGAAAUCUACCCAGGACAGUUCACUCCUUCUCUUUGUCAUAGAUUUAUUCGCCUAAUAGAACAACACAAUAAAUUACUGCGGAAUUACACACAGAACAUCGACACUUUAGAACAAGUGGCAGGAAUAAAAAAUGUCAUUCAGUGUCACGGUUCAUUUGCUACUGCAACUUGUCAAAGAUGUGGUCAUAAGGUUGAUGCACAAGCCAUAAAAGAAGACAUCUUUUCUCAGCGAAUUCCCCAGUGUACGCAGUGUGUAGGAAAUGAGAGAGGUAACGAUGAGAGAAUAACGGAUGAGGAACUUCAAAACAGAUCACAAGAUGAGGGGUCAAUCACACAGCAGAAUACACCACCUAGCUUACACUUCAUGUCCAACAGGCCACCAGAUACCCCACCUUUACCACCAAAGCCAAUUAUGAAACCAGAUAUAGUGUUCUUUGGUGAAGGUUUACCCGAUGAAUUCCAUGACAGAAUGGCAGAAGACAAAGAUGAGUGUGAUUUGCUAAUUGUCAUAGGAUCCUCUCUAAAAGUUCGCCCUGUGGCUCUGAUCCCCAGUUCAGUUCCUUCACAUGUGCCUCAAAUAUUGAUUAAUCGUGAACCCCUUCGACAUCUAACGUUUGAUGUUGAACUUCUUGGAGACUGUGAUGUGAUAAUAAAUGACCUCUGUCACAGAUUAGGAAAUAAUUGGAAAGAUCUUUGUACAGAAGAAAUUAUGACAGAAAUAAAGGAAUUGCCUCCAAGACCCCUUCCUUCAAUCAAUGUUAACAUUAGUAAUGCUGAUGGGGAGGACACCAUUUCUUACCCUGGAUCUUCAUUAGUUGCACCUCAGAAUGCGCCACAUCCUCGCGAUGAAAGUGAUAUUGAAGCACUCAGGGCUUGUUGGGCCCCCAAAAUUCGUGAGACUGUUGCCUCGAGAUUACCAGAUAAUAUGUUCCUGUACACUGGUGGUCAUAAGUACAUUUUUCCUGGAGCUGAAGUGUACUAUGAUCCAGAUGAUGAAUUUGAAGAAACCAAAUCUCUCGGCUCCGAAUCGGAAACUGAUGAAAUAGAACCAAGAGAGGAAAGUCAAGAAUCUUUUCACAGUAACCAAACUAAUGCUUCUUCUAGUCAUCAUCCCAGAUUAGAUGAAGAAUUUCAUUCUACAGUAACGCCACACCUAUCACCAGAGGAUGUAGAUAGUCUACUCUCAACAGCCGAUAAUGGCCAGACUCAAGAACACGUUGAAGACUGGACUAGCCUUAAUGCCAGCUUAGAUACGUCUCUAGAUUGUGACCACACACUAACAGGCUAUGAAACAGACAGUGCCCACCACACUGAGGAAAGUGCAUCAAAAGUAACUGACACUUUAACUAGUAGAUUUUCUUCAUCUGAUGACCUAUGACCUUGCUUCAGGAGAGAGAUAAGAUCUCUAGAAUAAGCCUUUAUAUAUAUAUAUAUAAAACAACUGCUGGUAAAAGAAAUCUAACACCCCCACUAUAAAUGGGGGGGGUUGUGAAGAACUUGUUUUAACGGCUAGUAUAAAAUCAGUGAUUGGUAAACUGAUGUACAAUUUCCUUUUUUGGACAGUUGAAGUCAGAGCCAUUUUUUUUCUUACACUAGCUAAAUAGCAGCUUUAACUGAACAUUUUGUGCGAUUGACUCAUUAUUUAAAACCGUCCUUUUGUUCAUGUUAAUCUCUUUCUAUGGCAGAUUUUGAAGUAAUAGCCAGAUGUAUAAAAAGUUAGAUGCCAAAUAAUUACCAACACAAUGUGCAAUUUGUAUUCCGAUAAUUGUUGAACCUUCUGGUUGGAAAAAAAUCUUGAUGAUGAUGGUUGUAUACUGGAAAGUCUCAGUUUUGUUUUAUAGUUGGAAAUGUUUUUGAUUCAAAAGUUCAGAUGUCUAUUUACAUAUUUCUUUAUACUGUACAUUACCAUAUCUUCCUUUCACUUUUCCUUUAGUUUCCUCGUGUUUGAAAGCAAGUGCAGAACUGUAUAACUGAUCCUUGGUCACAAACUGCUUUCACCUUCUGUACUUAUUUUCUGUUGUUGUUGUUCAAACUCAUGGCCCUUGUACUUUUGCAAGGCAGAUUUUAAAAUUGAGACCUUUAAGUAAAAUUAUUGAGUUUGGCUGUAUAGCAGAAUAUGUGCCAGGUUUACUAUGAAGCUUAUUGGACAUAGUGAUAUUUGUUGUCUCAAUUGUUUAUGAAAUUAUGUCUUGCCGCAAAGUUUGAUCUACUGGGCAGUGACAAUUAUUUAUUCAUAUGGUUUACAGGGGAGGGGAGUUAAUCCCAGUGAUUAUUUUUAAUAGUGUACAUGAUAAAUAUUAUUGACAACCAAAUGAUCAAAUCGACUGUCACUGAUAGCCACAUGGUUCACCAGUUUGGUCUUACAGAGAAUGUUGCCAGUAUCCGUAUAAUAUAAAAUAAACAAAUACCCCUUCCAUUAGAAUUUGAUCCUAGGUUCAGGGGUUUUAACAAGCAAACUCUAAAGUUGGUGGGUAUCAACAGGGUUGUCCAAGUUAUCCUAAGUCAUUGUUCAUGCUUCAUGUCUUCUUCAGCUUACUGUUUAACUUUUCUAUGUACUUCCUGUUGUAGGCAUAAGGUUGAAGCCAUGGCAUUUAUAGCUGAACAUUUAUAUCUGCAUACAUUUGUCAUGAAAUUGAAGUUGUUAAAGAGCUAAUCAUUAAGUUUUCUUCUUUAUGGAACAUCCAUAUGAUUAUUAAUGAUAUGGAUAUGAAACUUGAAUACAUGUGACAUUUACUUCUAAUGCUUGUGCCUAGGCUGAAUAUUUUUGUCAUGGGUGCUUCAUUGGAAAGGUUUGGGGUAUUUCCAAUUGUAUGAGUUCUCAGUUAAGGCUGGCUUAGACCUCCCUGUUCAUUUGGAGUUGGUUGAUUUUUUAGUUUUAUAUUUCCACUUUCAUAUUUUUGGAGAGAAUUAUUAGGUCCUACCUCAAUUUUUUUUAUACACAGUAUAUUAUAUAAUAUUAUA